AGAGGACCCUUAGAAUUGCUCAGGCGCAGAAGAGUUCACCUUUCCCAUUUCCCCUUUUUCCAAGCACCAAUCCGUACAUAUCGCGGUGCUUUUCUUUUCUUCGGUUUUUGUUUGACGGUGAUUACUCUCGACAACAGACCCCCUCCCCAAACCAGACGAGAAGAAGAAGAAAAAAAAAAUGGCAGUGCUCCGAACAGUUCUGCGACGGGCCGCAGCUCCUAGGGCUCUCAUGGCAGCCGCAGCCCGUCCCUUCUCGGCGGGCACCAGCUUCGCGGCCAAGGUCAGCAACGCGCCGCCCAUCGACCCGCCCUCCAGGGCCGACAUCGGGGUCGGCGAGCUCGAGGGCCACGAGUUCAAGAUCGAGCCCCUGCGCCGCGUGGGCGAGGACGAGAAGACCAUGAGGGCGCGGCUGGUCUACCAAUCCCGCAAGCGCGGCACCCUCGAGUCCGACCUCCUGCUCUCCACCUUCGCCGACACCUACCUCCCCGACAUGUCCAGGGAGCAGAUGGCGCAGUACGACCUGUUCCUCGACGAGAACGACUGGGACAUCUACUACUGGGCGACGCAGGAGGCGCCCUCGCCCGCCACCGAAGACCAGCAGCAGCAGCAGUCAUCCUCUCCCGCAAGCACAUCCGACGCCACCCCCACCCAGACAGGCCAAAAGCAGAAGUGGACGGCGACCUCGCCCUUCCAGCCCGCCGUGAACGACCUGACAGCGGCCCCGGGGCAGGCGGGGAAGAACGCAGCCGCCGCCGCCGCCGCCGCCUCGGAGGAGCCGUACCGCAAGCCCGGGGAGGGCGAGUGGGCGCAGACGGUCGGGACGUUCAAGCCGGCCUACCGCCCGGUGCCGCAGCGAUGGAGGGACAGCGAGGUCCUGGCCCUGCUGCGGGAGCACGUCGGGCGCCGGAGCCUCGGCGGCAGGGAGGGCGGCGGCAUGGGCUUCAUGCCGAGCCUGAAGAACCAAGGGUAGGGCGAGCCGCGGCAGAGUAGCGGCGGCGGCAGUGGUGCUGUCGGGGACGAGAGGGCAGAGAGGGAGGUGGACGCGGAGAGUGAGUGUAUAGAUACAGAUAAAGAAAGGGGGUCUGGUACAACCAGGAGCUUUCUCACUUGCAGUGGUUCCAGCUGCUGUCAAAAGUGUGUACAUGUAUAAGACAUUCUUCGGCAAUCUCUCUAAUAUGAGGGAGAGGGCUGCUGAAGUGUAUAGAUUUCUGUACAAGUGGUAUCGAAAAUAAAAACUAUACAAUCGAAAUUGAGAUGGCAGUCACGGACUCGAUGGGCUUUGAUGCGAUAUAUUUGAGUUCGGCAGCAUUUUUGUUGUGCAGAAUAGUAAAACUUUGGGACGUCGUCGCGGAAGCUGCGAUAGAUCAUCAGACUAGUUGAACUUCCCACACAUGCAGAAUGGAGGUUCCAUAGUCAAGAAGCUGUAGGUUAUCACAUAGAAGAGACGGGGCAGAACAUCACGC